AUGGCAAAGCCGAUGCGGCCACAGGCCCAUUCCAGGCCAAAGCUCUUGGAACAAAUCACCUCGAAACGCGAGAUUCACCUGACAGAAGGCGAGGCAUCGCAGCGGCAAAUGUCACAAACACUGUGCCGAUUGCAAAGAAUCAAGGCAAAGAUCCGGGUGCGAUUGUCCUGGACACUGCCUAUUCUGCGAUUCGAGACCGGUCGUUGGUAA